GGGUCAGAGCAGCAGCGGCGGAAUUGGUGUGGUGGUGGAGGCCAAGAACAUCACCCUGCCUGCAGGGUCUAGGGCCGUUCUGCCUUGCCACAGCCCUCGCAUGGUUUGGACCCAGGACAGACUGAAGGACCGUCAGAGGGUGGUGCACUGGGACGUGGUCCGCAGCAGCCCAGAGUAUUCUGUAGAGCGAGUCCUGGAUAUGUCUCCUGGAGGCCGCCAGAGGGUCUACAAUGGAUUCAACAAAGGACGCAUCUCCAUCCCAGACUUUGGUUUCAAUGAUGGCAACUUCUCCCUUAUCAUCAACAAUGUGAUCACAACCGACAGAGGAGUUUAUACUUGCAAUCUGCACCAUCAUUACUGCCAGAUUCACCAAUCCAUUCAAAUCCAGCUCAAUGUCACUAAGUCAGCUCGGAAAGAGAAACGCUACUGGGAUGGAGAGAAGACUGUAUUCGUGGUCUUAUUGGGCAGCUCAGUGGUAUUGCCCUGUGUGAACCGGCGCCCCCUGUGGAGAGAGGGUCUCCAGGAGGACCAGCAGCAGGUGGCUCAUUGGGACUUCCAGCCGCCCGGAGUGCGUCCUGACAGGGCUGACCGCCUGGUGGACCUCUAUGCCUCCGGAGAGCGCCGGGAUUACGGACCGCUCUUCGCCCAGAGCAAGAUGAGCGUUGCUGAGGACGCGUUUACAUUAGGGGACUUCUCACUGUCCAUCUCUGAGUUGAAGCCUGUUGACAAAGGCCUGUACUCCUGCCACCUGCACCACCACUACUGUGGUCUGCACGAGAGACGCAUUUUCAGGCUCACUGUGGGACCUCCGCUUCCAUCUGCCCCGACUACAGCGCCCAGAAUUGUCCAGAAUAAUGAGCCAGAACCAAGGACUGAUGAGGUGGAGAGUCCACGGGUGGUGAAUGUCAUCCUCCCCGAGCAUCGAGGUUAUUUUGUGCAGCAUCUGGGCUACUUCCUGGCAACGUUCUUACUGCUGGCGUUCAUCGUUGUCGCUGUCAUUGUGCUGACACGACGACGCAAAAAGAGAGGGCUGGAGUAUGAGCUGCAUAGAUCUGAAAGGGGAAAUAUGAUCAGUGGAGGCGAAAUGUCAUUAGACUGCAAAGAGCUGAAGACCUGUAACCAAGGACCUGUGAAUUCAGACUACAAAAACAACCUACUGAAAGAGAGAGAUAUGACCAAAGACUGCAAUAAGGGUGAGCCGACAUUCUGCAAUUAAAAAACUUUGAUGGGAAACUGUGGAAGUAAGUGCGAUAUUUCUGAGAUGCCGCUGGCAGGUCCAGGGCAAACACCGGAAGAGCAAAGGGACCAUGGAGAAAAGGAGAAAAAAAAAGGAGGAAACCCAGGAGAGGACAGGAGGAAUGCUCCCUCUGCUGUAACUCUAGCACACUAAGCUUUUUUCACUAAAAGGCUUCAUCAUUUUUUUAUGUGUAUUUUUUUAUAUAACUUGCAUUAUCACCAGCUGUUGUAACAAUAAGGUUACCGAUUUAUUUGAGCGUUACUCUUUGCAUUCACUGGUUGGUUUAUGUUGAAUUUUAGACAUUUUUUUAAUUAUCUUUUUUUUUUAAUUAAAAUGCAUGCUGUUUAUUGAAGUAUGUUUUUCGUGUUCUGUGCAUGCUUGCAGAGCUGCAAACUCACAGCUCUUCUUCAUUGUUGAAAUUUGAUUCCUUAAUGCACAAAUUCUGCUGUACUUUAAUUUGUAAAUGGCAUUUCACCAUGUUUCAAAGGUUAAUUUACUGUAUGUAGACUGUUUGGAGACGAAGGGAACACAUUUCUAGCUAUAGAUAGCAGUUUGUUUGUUUUUUUGUUUGUUGGUUUUUUUUAAAACAAAACUACUGUGGUGGCAAAGUGACUAAAUUUCAACUUUUCCUGGAUUUUAUGUACUUUAGAAAUACAAAAUGUAAGACUUAAAUUCUUCUCUCAAAUAUUUUCCCCCGAAAUGUAUAUAUAAUCUCUAAGAACACAUCUGUACAUUGAUAACUCAUCAGGUGAAAAAUAACGAAAUUUUAGGACCAUGAACCAAAAGCUCAGUCUACCGAAACUCAGGAAAAAAAAAAAAUCAUUUAACCAUUAAUUUGGUUUUUUUAAUGGGCUUUGCAGUACUUGUUUGCAUCAAGCAUGUACAAUGUACCCUGGUUUAUAACACUGAAUAUUCACCACUAAAACUGCUGGUUGAUGAUACAGGUUGUUACAAAUCUUCAUGGCUCUGUGAGGUUUACUGCAGGAAGACGUGUGUCUACUAUCUCUAAUAAUUCUGAAUCACAAACUGUAGCCCUAACCCCCUUCUCUCUCUCUCUCUCUCUCUCUCUUUCUCUCUCACUCUCUCUCACUCUCUUUCGCUCACUGUCUUGCUCAGCUCCACUCACUCUGUUGUUGGUCUCUUCUAAUAAAAU